UCUAUUUUCAAUGCCAUUUCACAAAUAAAAUUGGCAUUGGCAACUUUUUUUUUUGAGUUUUCACAGGACAUGACUCCUCGUGAAAUAGUUAUUCUAGUCCUAUUAGUUACAAUAUGCUUGCUUGUGCCAUCACUCUUCUGCUUAAUCUGUGUGGCUUGUCGCAUGCAUCUCGAUGCCAUUCGCAGGCGCCGCCUCCAGGUUUUCCAGGACACAUCAUCGUUGCCUCGGGAUUCCCCCGUGAUAAUAUCUCUACCCAAUUCAGGCCUCGAUAAUUGCACGAUCCAAUCGUACCAAAAGGUUGUCCUUGGUGAAAGCCUACGGCUUCCGGGGCUUAACGCAAUGACUUGUCCAAUAUGCCUUGUUGAGUACAGUGCUGGAGAUUCAAUCAGGCUCAUACCUUUGUGCCAACAUUGCUUCCAUGCCCACUGUGUUGAUGAGUGGUUGAAGAUGAAGGCUACUUGCCCUGUUUGUCGAAAUUCUCCGCCACCCCGUCAAGAAAACACGAAGCUUGACCAAUUGUAGUUGAUGCAGUAACAAUUGUCAUCGAAGAAUGUGGUGGCAUGGUUGAGAUUUCUUAACUUUUAACUAAAAGUUACAAUUCUAGUCUUGAAAAUAUAAAGUCUUCUUUUUGUAGAAAGGACUUUAUUUCUUUAAUGGAUUUAUAACGCAAAUCUAGAUUAGUCGGAUGUUCGUGAAAU